AUGAACCUCAUCCUCCAUAUUGGGGUCCCAUCAACUCCCAAACCAAUUUACUAUGCCUACAAGGGUAUCCAAGCCAAUUCUAACCGUAAAGAUGCCAUUCUGCGAAAUCUACCUUAUCUAGGACUUGCUGCAGUUGGUAUUCUGAGUGCCCUUUUCCAUGCCACCUGUAAAGACUGGACGCAGUGGGGCGAUGAUACCUCAAUGUUGAUCGCCACUUCCACGGUCCUCCAUCGAGUUUUCACAUACGAUAAAUCACUCAAAUUUACAGUCGUUACUGGAUCUUCAUUGUUUGUAUUCAUGGUUACAUUUAUAGCCUGGCAUUGCAUUACCGAUGAGACUGUAAUGCACCCUGUGCUUUUCGGAAUCGAAAUUGCUUUCGUAGGCAUCAAGACUCGCAGUAUCAUCAAUCAGCGCGUUGCGAAUGCAGCUGUGCAGAAACAAGUCAAGAAACUCGUUACAUAUGGUGGUGUGAUCUUUGUCUCCGGUUUCCUUAUUUGGAACAUCGAUAAUCACUUUUGCAGCUCCCUUACUGAUAUCAAACGCUCCAUCGGUAUGCCUUGGUCUUUUAUCCUGGAAUUGCACGGCUGGUGGCAUAUCUUAACAGGUAUCGGUGCUUAUAUUUUCAUUGCAUUGGUAGAAUACCUCACCUCGGAGGAAGCGGGACAAGCUCUAGGGAGCAGUUUCGCUUGGCCUGUAGGGUUGAUUCUUGUACCUGAUUUUGGGAAUGGUGUUGCGAAGAAAAGAGGAAGUGAUGGGUGUGGGGCGGUGAAUGGGAAUGGGAAUGGGAAUGAGGAUGGGUAUGAAAAGGCUGAUGCGUACGAGAAAAUGGAUGUGUCAAAGAAGAGUGCGUGA